UACCGCGCUUCCGAACGGGUCUCCUUCGACGUGAGCCGCGGUGCAUCACCCUCGGCAUCGGAGGUACACGGUGACGUAUUCGUGUGCGAACACGCCCCCGCCGCCCUGUCCCGCGUCCUCGAGGCGCACCCGGGGCCCUUCCGCUGCGUCCACCUCGCCACCAGCUGCACGGAGGAGUCCCGCCACCUGCUCGCGCCCUGGCUCCAGCUCCUCGCCGCCAAGGCCGUGCAGGAGCUCGUCCUCGUCAACAGCCGGCGCCCGCUGGACGUCGUCCUCCCCGCCACGUUCCUGCGCACGGCCACCCUCACCCGCCUCCACCUCUGCUUCUGGAGGUUCCCCAGCACGGCCGGCCUCCCGCCGGGCGUCUCUUUCCCCAACCUCCGUGAGCUCGGGCUCUACAGCGUCGUCGUGGAGAGCCGGGAUCUGGACUUCAUGCUCGACAGGAGCCCGGUGCUAGAGACGCUCUGCCUCGAAGGGAACCUGUUCACGCUCCGGCUGCGCCUUGUCAGCCAAAGCCUCCGGUGCGUGCCGAUCAUCGGGUCCUUCUUGGAGGAGAUCUUCGUGGUGAACGCCCCGCUCCUUGAGCGCCUCAUCAAUUUGGAAGGUUUGACCCCUGAGGCCGGCUGCACCAAGGUCAAGAUUGGCCAUGCCCCCAAGCUGCAAUUGUUGGCAUACCUGCAGUUGGACACGCGGAAUCACGUCCUGGAGGUCGGCAACACAAUCAUCAAGGCUGGUACAAGGGUGAGCCCAAGAACCAUGGUGACAAGUGUGACAGUCCUGGCUUUGGAGGUGCGUUUCGGAGUGCGCAAUGAUGCCAAGAUGAUUCCCAGUGUCCUCGGAUGCUUUCCUAAUGUCGAGACGCUGUACAUCAAGUCUGGACAGCCUGAUCAAUCCACUGGCAAGCUCAACCAAAAGUUCUGGCACGACUCUGGUGCCAUAGAAUGCAUCCGUUCGCGCAUCAAGCGGCUGAUUUUCCAUGAUUUCCAAGGGGGUCGAAGUGAGCUCGCCUUCCUCAAAUACUUCGUCGAGAGUGCGUUGAUGCUCAAGCAGGUGGUGAUCCUGUUGUCCGCUGGCUCCACUUUGGCGGCGGAGGAGGUGCAUUCCAAAAUGGCGAAUGUGAAACGGGCAGGUGAAAUCUCCUUAAUGCUGGUCACUGGCUAUUCUGAUCUUGAAGGACGUUACAAGAGAGGGUCUGAAUUUUCUCUUGGCGAGCUUUUUUCCCUUAUGAAAUUUCCUUGGGCAAAGUAAUGAAGCCGCAACAGGUGCGUGCGACGCAAAUUGCCUUGGAAGUUAUCUAUGUCCUGUUCCUGUGGUCUGUGCAUGCAAGACACCGUUGAGGUUUGUUUUCAGUGUUUGGAUAUCCGCCCUGUCGACUCUUGUUUCAUGAUUAGCUAUGUGUCCAAGUUAGUAUACUACUUACAGUAGUACAGUACUGAAGUAUUGAUCUUCGGUUGGCAGUCACGGACCUCUGUACCCUGUGUUUCAUGUUUGCCUUGGUCUGAUGACAUGACAGUGGUGUUACAUUGCAGCGUUUUUUGCUUAGCAUAUGAGGCUUGAUGCAGGCUAAUUUUCC